AUGGCGCCCAUUCCGCACCGGUUCCUCAUCCCCCUUAUCCUCUGUCGAUUCGCCUUGGGUAUUAGCUGGACCGUCAUCCACCCAUAUGUCAGCGAUCAAGUAGCCUCGUUCGGCGUCCCGGCGGCCUCGCUCGGAUUCUGGGUGGGGAUCAUCGAAUCCUGCCUUCAGCUCGCCGAGAUAUUCGCCCCGAUCCUGUGCUACAUCUCGGACUACACGGGGAGAAAGCCGAUCUUCAUCUUGUCGAUGUUGCUGUACGGAUGGGUGCUCAUCCCCAUCGGCUUCAGCACUAGCCUCUUUGGCGUAUUCUUUUGGAGAACGAUGCAGGGCUUCUGCUCGGUCUAUGCAAUUCUGACUAAAGCCAUCAUGGCAGAGGUGACUGAUCACUCUAACCGUGGAAGAGCGUUCGGAAUCAUGUUCUUGGCGUUUGCGGUAGGAUAUGUCGUUGGACCUUGGGUUGGAGGACACAUGGUCAAGCUCAACCGCUUCGAGGCGCUGUCCGACAUCGGCGUGUUGAACCGGUAUCCAUACUUGCCUCCGAGCCUUGUGGUUGGACUAUGUAUUCUAAUCAUCGCGACAAUCGUCUUUAUCUAUCUGCCUGAGACACUCCCGAAAGAGAAGCGCAAGACAUGGGGCAGCAAACAGACGACGGGGCCGAAAGAGACGAGUAUGAAGGAAGAGUGGAUCAAGCUCUGGCAUUAUAGGCCUUGUCGCAACAUGCUGAUCCUAGAAUUCCUGACUUGUGCAGUCGGUUUCAGUUGGGACGUCAGUUUCAUCGUCGUGUGUGCCUCUCCGCGCCCCAUUGGGCCGGGCUUGAUGCCCCCCGAGAUCGGCAACGUCUUGCUAGUAGGAGCGAUCGCCUCCGGUCUCGGUGCGAUCACACUUUUCCCUUGGAUGGAGAGGAACCUGUCUCGAUCGGUGAUCUUGAGCUCGACCUGCACUGCGUGGACGAUCACCUUUCUCACGCUGGGAAUAGUCAGCUGGUUAUCGAACGUGGAAGAAGGACAAGAGGGACCAAGUGCAGUUGUGAUCUGGUUCUGGAUCAUUCUUUCCAACCUUUGCAAGCGAUACGCUGAUCUGGGCGUGACGUGA